GGUCCCUGAAAGUUAACCCUAGUAAAAACGCCCCACAAGGAUCAAAAGGGGUAAAUUCCGUUUAGGCGGGAACCUCUCAUUUUUACCCUCCUCUCUCACUAUAUGUAUAUGCUUCUCUCUCACAAACAAGUUCCGAUUUUUCCGAAAGUACGCUGUACGCGUGCGUUGCUUGGUACGGUUUCUCUCUCUAUCCGUGAUUACUCAAUCGAGAUAGGUUGAGCAGUCACCGGAGGAUGGCGGGAAGUACGGACGGAGAAGAAACUGCGUCGGUGAAAGAGUUAAUUGGUGAACCGGUUGUUAUGCUGGAUGAAGAUGACGAAAACGACUUUUCCGUAUCGGAGAUUGCAAAGCUACGCGGACGAUGGGAAUUGGCUUCCGUUCUCAACUUCUUGAAGGUUUUUAGGCCAUUGAUCGGUGAUGAUUUGAAGAUAAGGGCUGAGGAGAUUGAAGCAGGUCUUAUUAAGCCUGAUAGCUCGAUUGCUCAACUCCACAAAUUGCUCUUGAAGGGGAUACCACCUGUGAGCAAAACAUUAAAUGUUUCUGAUGUGUGGGUGACUUCCCUUUGCAAUAAACUUGCUAUGUGGUGGCGAUGGGUUGGUGAAGGAGAGAAUCCACUUACUGCUGCAAAAGGAGAGGAGAUGUCCAGAUACAAAGGGCUUGAUCCAGUUGAUCGUUUACUGAUUUUAAAGGCACUAUGUGAAAUACGGGCUGAUCAACAUGAUGCAGUCUCUUUUAUUAAUGACGCUGUGAAAGAUGGAGUUCAGAUUUCUUCUUUUCGUAAGAAUAAAAUUGGGGGAGAUGAAAAUGGAACUUCAUACUGGUAUGAUGAAGACUCAGUCAUUGGUCAUCGAUUAUACAAGGAAGUAUGCACAUUAAAGUUGAGAACAACAAAAAGUAAAGCAUCUCUUUCUUUACCAAGCACCUGUUUUCAUUGGGAAACACUUGCAACUGAUCUUGAUGAAUUUCAGAAUGUUGCGGCUGAACUCUCCUCUAGUGGAGUUGCCACAAAAGUUGCUGUGGGCAAGAUUAUUGCAACCGAUGCUAUUCCUAAUAUUGAGAAAUUCGAGAAGAAAAAGGAAAGGGAACUCAAAAAGAAACUGAGGCAAGAGUUGCAAAAGAAUGAUUAUUUGAACUCCUGUAGAGCUGGAGUAACUCGUUCCAGCCGCAGCCACAAACCAAUCAAUUACACAUUUCACGAGUAUGACAACGUUAUGAAUGAGGCUAUACGACUAACGGAGAAGGGGCAAACUGCUAAAGAUCAAAGACAAAACAAAAGGCAUAUUGACAGGGAAAAGGGUGCCUCCAUGGAGGGUGAAUGUGAAAAUGAUAGUCCUCAUGAUGCUGGCACAGGCCCUAGAGACAGCUCCAGUGACAAAGCUGACUCUAUGGAUGGUGAUAGUCCUCAAGAUGCUGGAACAGGCCCUAGAGACAGCUGCAGCGACAAAGCUGACUCAGGUGGUGAUAAUGACAGUCCUCAAUAUGCUGGGACUGAUGAUGAUGACCAGGAUGACCUCGAGGAUUACAGUGACCUCGAGGAUUACAGUAGUAGUGAUUCAGGCAGUUUGGGUCAGGAAAAUGAAAAUAUUGGCAGCAGGAAGAAUGCAAAAAUUUUGGCUCCAAAGCCUAAGGGAUCUCGCUGGAGUCAGAGAAUAGCUAGCGUUAAGGAAAAUCCCGCUGUGGAAACUAGAAACUUGGGGGCAAAGAAUCGUUUGAGGCAAAGACCCAUCCGUAACUCAGCCGUUGGUCCUAUUGUGCUUGAUUCGGAGGACGAAAACCCAUCAGAAUGAGCCUUUGCUGAUCCAUGGGUGAUUGGCAGCAAACUUAUUCGUAUGGAACCAAAUUAUAUGAUGCAGGUCAGUGCAUAAACUAAAAUUACUUUUUAACAAGGUUUUUUUUUUUGGUAACAACGUAAGAUUUUGGUCGCUCAUGUUUCUAGUAGUGGGCAUGUAUAUGGAAUGGUGUUCUCCUUCAUGUUGUCUCUUGGAGUCGGGAACAGAUGAUCAUGUUUGUUGAAACUCUUGGGAGAAAGAUGGCUUAUACAUAGUUUUUGUUUGGCUGAUUUUUCGAAUCAGAUUCAUCUAAAACAUGGAUAGUUUCAAUACUUGGAAGAUAUUAUACCUCAUCUUUCAGUAGAUUUGAAUUGGUUGUAUGGAUUUGAAUUUGCCUUUUAUAUAAGUGUUUUUGGACUAAAAGUUUU